AUGACAACGACAGUAAGAGCGUACAAGGGACUUAUGACCAAACGAAGCCAAGUCGCUCUGGCAUGGUUGGAAGAAUCCACACAGCGUCUACAACACCUGAAGGGAAAAAGCACACAAGAAGAACAAGUCAAGGAAUUCACUAUGACUGUGGCGAGGUGUGAGGAAUAUCUGGAACUUCUCGAAGCAUCCUUAACCAAACUCACGGAAGCCUUCGAUAAACUUCAGGAUACCACGGACGAAGAAGAAAAUCAGUUAGACAAGCACGCGGAGAUUGCUCAAGAGACUAUCAUGAAGUUAUACGCACACAAAUCCAAUACCAAGCAGAUGCUACAAGAAAUAACGACGGCAGCUACGCUCCGAACAAGUGGAACCGACCACCAAUGUUCUGCAGCAGAGACAUGGGACCGCUACUGGUCUUUGGGAUCCACCGGUACGGAGGAGUACACUGGUCCACAAAAAACGGAGCUCCAGAAAACAAACGAGAAAGCAUUGGAAAAUUUCAAGGAGUCCAUCGAGAAAAGGGAAGACGGCUAUCACGUACGCCUACCAUGGAAAGAGAACCAUCCCGAACUCCCAGAUAACAAGGCGCUAGCAAUUAAACGUCUUGUAAAGAUCCUGGAGAUAUAUCAAAAGGACCCGAAGACACUACAAGCGUACGACAACAUCUUUAAGGAACAACAAGAGAAGGGAAUAAUAGAAGAAGUAACAUCGAAGUACGUUGAUGAAGGAGAAGUAGUCCACUAUUUACCGCAUCAGGCGGGAAACGACACCAAGCGAACAGUCACACAGCAACUUGCUUCGGUGUAUGAUCCAAUGGGACUUCUGGUGCCUCUAUUACUACCGGCAAAAAUAUUCAUGCAGUCAUUAUGGAAGGAAGGAUUAGACUGGGACACACCGCUUCCAGCGCAAUUGCGUGAUCAAUGGCAUCAAAUAACGUCAGAAAUCUCGACAUUUUACAAGGAGGUGAAUAGACGAAUUCUCAACAAAUCUGAUGGCCACAGACUUGUCGUCUUCACUGAUGCUAGCCAGUGCGCAAUAGCAGCAUGCGCAUAUCUCACCUCUCAAGAAGAAUCCAACAUCAUAAUGGCAAAAUCCAAACUCCCAUCUAUCAAAACUUCAAUGACGAUUCCCAAGUUGGAGAUGAAUGCGCUAACGCUAGGCGUGCGAAUGUCCCACUUUAUCUGCGAAACUCUGGAACCACUUUGUAACAUCAAGGAGGUAAUCCUCUACACAGAUUCGGAUAUCGUGUUAGGAUGA